CACUCCAUCAACCUCAUGGCUUCCUCUCUAUCAUCUUUCUGCACCUUAAACCAAGCUUUUUGCAGGCACAAUAAGCUCCUCCAAUACCCCAAAAUAAGAUCCCAAAGAUCCCAAAGUUUUAGUGACAAUGGGAAGCCAGCAGCAAAUAUUGUUGAUGCAAAUCUGAGCAUCCUAAGGGAAAGAAUUCAUCAAGUGAGGAGGAGAGAGAGGGUAAGCACACAAGGAUGGAAUUAUAAGCAUAGUUAUGACCGUAAGUACAAGAGAGAUUCUGUGAUAUCAGAAUCUGCUGAGAUUAUAGGUUUGGCGUGUGGUGCAGUUGGGCUUGUCUUUCUCAUUGGUUCUCUUAGCAUAUGCCUUCUGUCCUUCCUUGUUUAUGUGUGCAUAUGAAUAUGAUAUCUCUAAUUAAGAACCAUAUCAUCUCGACAAUAGCUGCUAGCUUCUAGAUUAUUUGGAUUUAAGGGUAAAAUGUAUUGAUAAUCUAGAAUAAAUACGAUAUCUGGUUUGAAGAAGGGCUUCUUCUUAUG